AUGGCAAAGCCACCAAAGCGUCGGCGAGUUACACCCACGCCUCUUCCGACCGGAGAUGGAGCACCACCUGAAGUUGGGAAAACCUUGUCUGAGUCAGUUGAAGCUCCAAGCGAGAAGAGCUUGAGCUUGAAACUUGAGGAAGGAGAGCCAACCUUUGUCCUGGAGAAGUAUAGCUUGUCACGUGUUGCAUCUGGCCGCUUUACCGCUGUCCUUCAAAGCGAUGGCCGUCUGAUGGUGUUUGAGGGGAAGAUGCUUCUCCGUACUUUGCAGCUGCCUGUGCAACCCUUGCAGCUCCAAGCUAUUCGCUUGACUGGUGCUGGAGAGCCUGAAGUGCUCGUGACUGCUGGCGGCCACUGGUCAGACUUUGUGGCUUCGGCACCAAGCCGCUGGAUGGACUGCAGCU